CACCGAAAGGGCGACAAAGUUUGUGUAUAAUUAUAAUAAAACAGUUAUCCUGCCCACUCGUCGUAUAUGGCCGAUAGCCAACUCCUCGUCGGCUAUCAGCUCAUAUACGACUCGAGUUCGCAGAAUAACUGUUAAAUACAUGCUUCGGCUUAAAAUUAAUGCGUUUCUUGGUUAGAUACUUUGAUCUUGGCAUAAGUCAUAAUAUUAAUAGAUUUGGAGGCGUUGCGUCGUUUCUUGGUUUCAUACUUUGAUCUUGACAUAAUGUCAUAAUAUUAAUAUAUUUGGAGGCGUUGCGUCAUUCUUGGAUGCUUCUGUGACAGUGAAGCGGAAGAAAUUUAAUCAAUUUUUGCUUAACGAAAACAAUGAAACGUAAUCUGUUCCAGUUGAAUGCAACUUCUCAACAAUCAACCCAACGCAACGCAACGCAAUUCAACUCAACUCAACUCAACUCAACUCAACUCAACAUUCGUCUUUGGUAUGUAAGAUCACGUGAUUAAGGUAUCCGUACGCUAUAAAGUUAGAGCACACGAUGCUUAUCAGCUGCAAAAGCGGUCGACGUCUACAACUGAAACAUAAAGACCUACAGAAGUUGGUAAGCCGCUUGUUUUCUGUCACAGAGAAGAGAUGAAUUGUCUGCUAAUAACAACGCUCGUUCUGGCAGCUGGAUUGUUGCUCAUGAAGAGUUCCACCGAUGCUGAUAUGUUUCUACACAACCCCAGAGGUUCCAACAAUCGCCUAAAUGGAGCUGGUGCUAAUCGAGCAAAUAAUAAUCGGAUGUUUGACUCUCAGAACAACGCCAAAGGUGGUUACAAUGUUGGUGAUAAAACUGCUUCCGCGUCGACCAGCGAAGAGACACAGUUUAACAUGCAUUAUUUCCAAAGUGGCAAACAUGAUCCAAGUUCUCAAGGUCUGGCUGGGAAAUCAUUGCUCACAAUUGAAUGGACCAAUCAGCAUGGUUGUAAUGAUCGAGAUUUAAAUUGCAACAUUGUUCUUCAAUACCGAUGUCAAGAUGACAAAAACAAUCAAAAACUGGGUCAUCAUUCUAUGAGAAAUGGGAAAACUACCACUUCUCCACAAUACAGCAAAUAUACGUUUACCACUCGCUAUUACAAGAACUAUUACCUCAAUGUUGACUCAGCUGGUUUUGCUAGAGGUCUCCAUGAAUCCUGGGAAUGGUAUGACAAAUGCUACAAGCGAGAUCGUAAUAAAGGAUUGUUCACGGCUGAUCAGACUCUGAAGGGUGAUAAGAGUAUUUAUACACGUCAAAAUGCAAAUGGAGCUCGAAGUGGUUAUGAAUGCCCAGAGGAAAGGGAUUACUAUCCUUACUGGCACCCAACUGACUGGACUGACAUUGUGGUGUUGGCUUAUAAUGAAUCUAUGUGUAAAUAUUAUCAGGAGGAAAGUUUCAAUACGAAGACCAAAGGGGAAUGCCUUCAAUAUUAUCCAUCGAAAGCUGAUGGCUUUCAACAUUACUCAGCCUAUAACAAUAAACGUGAUUGUGAAAAGAAUCAAGGGUUUUGGGUUGCGUAUAGCAACUAUUUGGAAGAAUAUCCCAAGUAUCAGACAAAACAAGGAUGUGAAUCUGCACGUUCCAAAGACCUUCCUCUGAUUUGGGCCAUUCCUUACCGUUCCGAAGAUAUCGAUAAUUUUAAAAUGACUGGCGAUAAUGUGGAUUCUUUGAAGCGUUGUUUGGUCGGCCUUAAUAAACCAGACUGCAAGCCAGCUCCAUAUUCACGUUCAAACCAUUUGGGUAAUGGCGAGAACGUUAUCCCGCUUCGUUACACUUGGACUAUUCCACAUUUUCCGUCUAAACGAGCUCAAAGAUGCGUCCUAAGAAUAAGGUACAAUAUUUCCACAGGGGACUAUCCGCCAUUUAAGACAUUCAGCGAACAAAAUAACGACCCGGACAACGGUGUGUAUUCUCCAGUCCAAAACAACCCAAAAGUGAAAGUUGGCCAGGUUCAGCUGCCGUUACAGCUUGCUAUCAACACCGCUCAAUUUGGAAGAACAUUCCAAGAUCGAUCUCAUCUAUUCAAACUAGUACCCAGGCCAGAUUCUGUCUCGGAUCAUGACGUCAUCCGCAAUCUAAAUGUGCGAGGAAAGCGCGGUAAUAUCGUACAAGCUUACCCUGCAGUUGAAUAUGAUUUCAUUCCGAAGCGCAUGACUAUAGCGAGUUCAAGCCUUUUGCAUAUUCAGUGGACUGGGUCAAAUACAAAUCCAAACGGGAAUGCUGGACAAGGAAAGGCAGGGUCUGAUCGAACCAACAUGGUAGAGAUGAAAGACCCAUCUUUAAGCUACCCAAUAACAUCGGAAAAACCAUUAAGCAUGUUCACCAAUGCUGAAAUCGUCUGGUCGAGUGACCCAGCGACGAAAACCAAGGAAGAUCUUAUACUUAGUAUGGCAUCUUCAGGUUACUACAACAGCAUGACGCUUUGCAAAGCUUCGCCAGAUAAAGCUGCGCUUGAUGUGCAGUUAAACAACGCCCCAGCAUCGUAUCGUGGUAUGUUACUGAGGUUUUCGCCGGGUGAAUAUUACUAUAUGUGCACCCGCAAUAACGCCUUUACCAAUCGUAGUCAAAAAGGCAGAUUGCUUGUCCAUGAUGUGCCGGGCAAAAAUCUCGCUAAGAAGUGAACCGUGAUGUUCUGUUGAACGAAGGAAGCCUUUUUUUCUUGUUUGCCUCAUAGCUUUUACAUAUAUUUGUGCAUAGAAACGUGAAUAUAAUUUGUGCUUGCAUGGGAACAUAAAACGUUGUUGUCCAUUUUAAAUAUUUUAAUUUUGUUGUAAUUUCUUCAACAGUACAUAGUUUUGUUACCUGCCUACUAUAAAGUAGGGUUAGCCAUUUAAACACUUAGCUUCCGCCUACCAUUAUUAUUCAAACUACAUAGUAAUGUAUUAUCCUACAUAUAAGAACGGAUUAUUUAAUCUGUUAGAAAUGUUUUUCUUGUUGAUUUGGGAUUUUAUGUCGAAUAAAAUGAAAAAAGUUUCAUA